CAAACAAGUAUGUAUUCGGAAUCUUAAGGGUGAAAGAAGAAUCUCUUCUUUAAAGAACGAGCCGACAAUUACAAAAAUAGACGAGGUAAAAAUUUAGAAUACGAGCCGAACCGCAAAGUGCUCUGACAGUUGUAUAAUAUUCUCUGUGAAAACCGUUAUCCCGGGAUCCCUUUACAAACAUUCUUUUUUGCUAUUUAUAGGAUGCAGAAGUAGGGUACACUGUUCGUGCGAAAUGUCCUUUUUGCCCCUUUGGUCGGUGGAAAAUCGAAUUGGGCCUUUCUUGGGCUUCUGCUGGGCCACAGGGAAACAUGGGCCUGUUUGUAAAGGGUUUAGGCCCGUUAAGGGGUUUGGGCUCGAGCCCAAAACCCACCAUCAACAGUAGCCCCCCAACCCUAGUGCGUAGUGAUGACGCGGCUAGGGUUGCAAUCAUUUCGCCGUUCUCGCUUCGACUUCCUUCGCGUGUUUUCGAGGCGCGUGUGAUGGACGCUCUCUUCUGAUUCGUCUACUGCCGCUCCCGAGACAUUGGAAAACGGGUCGUUCACGUGUUGCGGGCGACGAAGGUGUGAUGAUUACGCCGUUCUUCGAGACGCACUGAUGACGCGGUUUUUCUUCGACCGACUCCCUCUAUAAAUACUUCGCUUCCUCCUCAUUCCUUUCAUUCUUUCUCCGCAUCGAUUUCGAAGGUAUUCUCUCUGUUCUCUCUCCUUUUCUCAGCGCGUCUUUUCUUAUUUUCUGAUUAUGUCUUCAAGUGUCGGUUCUUUCGAAUCCGUCUCCGACCAUCGCCGAUCUCGUACUUCCGACGAGUCGAAUAUCCGGUCUGUUGACAGUUUUCUCAACGAAUCUGUCAGCAACUCCCGGGGUCGUAGAUCUAGAACCUCUUCCAGAUCGUCGGCCUCGUCCGUCGCCAGAGACUCUCCAGUUGUUACAGAGUUACGACGUCGCGAGCUCGAAAGUCGCGUGGGAGCAGCCGGACCGAGUGCAAAUCCUAAGUCCGUUACAACCAUGUGCCUUCGCGAUGACGACAGUGACGCGGCAUCUAUAGAUGAGGAUAACGUACCGCUCAUCAGACGCAAAUCUUCUAUCAUUAGAGCGGCUCGUUCUGUUGGCCCGUCAUCUGAUAUCGCCGAUCGUUUGGACAUCAUUCCAUUGACAAGGCGGGUGCCCGCCCCGGUUGGGUUUGUUCAGCCCGGCGGACCGGCACCGGGAAUUCCGGAUUACCUUCAACCGACGUCGUCGAAGAGCGAGACGAUUGAGCUUUCUCUCCACUUUUGCGAUGCUCCAGCUUCCCUAAAUACGCUCAUCUCGAACCCGUGGGAUCAUCCCUGGACUGCUCCGCCUGGAUAUCUUUGUGUAUAUGAAAAGCUCAUCACUGACUACGGGCUGACUUUCCCAAUUCCGGCGUUCUUGCUUCAAUACGCUUCGCGGCGAAAAAUGGCGUUUGCGCAACUUUCUCCGGCUGCUAUUCGGAAUGCUUACGGCCUGAUUCGUUUGGCUGAGCAGUGCGGCGUCGAACCUCGUUGUUCUCUGUACGAGGAAUUGACGACGAAGAAGAAUUUCGGGAAAUCCAAGCCGGGCUUGGUGUAUACUCAGUCUUCGCUGACCCCAAAGUUGGUUGUUGGUGCGAAGAGUAAGACCAACGAUUGGCUUCAUUGGUACUUCUUUGUUAAGAUCGACAACGAUUCCGCUGGGGACGUGGUCGUCACGAAUUACCAUGGGUGGACUAUUUCACCCGGUAGUUUGCUUAUCCCUCCGAGGUCGAUUCCUUGUUAACUGAUUAUCUAUCUAACUUGCUUUUCUCGUUUCUUUUCCUCUUGUAGUUCGUUGUCCCAAGAUCUUGGACCCGUAUCCUGAGAAACUUCGCGACGACGUUAAGAAGAUUCUAGCUUUGUGCCCGUAUACCUGGCCUAACGAAGAAGAUCCUGUUCGUCGCCCUUCCUCAAAACAAAAGAAAACGAGCCGAAGAGGAGGUCCUUCGAAAGCAAGGAAGGUUAACACGACUCCAGCUCCUUCAAAGAUUAUGGGGAAAAUGAACGUCGACGCGGUGGGUGAUUACUCAUCAAGAUACAAGAAGAAGUCGUCGGUGACGCCGUCGAAGAGGAUGAGCUGGGAGGAAGACGAGGCCAUGGCCUUAGGGAAACGUCUUUCCUUAGCCGAACACGAGGCUAAGGAGAGUGAGCGACGAUCUUCAGGUCGUCGGGAUAGGAGAGAUGAAGGUGACCAUCGUGAUCGACGCGGUAAUGGUGUUGUUGGUGCCGAUCGUUCGGAAGCAAGAUCCGACGUAGAGAGGGAGAGGAGGGAGAAAGAGGUGGCUGAAGCGAGGUCAGCUAAGCUACCUGUUGCCGAGACUUCUCACGAUGUGCCCUUAGGCGGCAGGGAGGUUAUUUUGUAUGACAACUCUCAGGUCGAGCCGACCAAGAAGCGGACUGCUGAUGAGUCCGAACCGGUGCGUUCGGACCCGACCAAGAAACAAAGGACGGCCUGGGCCCCUGACUAUAGGUGGCGAUAUGAUUAUAACGGGCGCGACGUUCAUAUCUCGACUGAUUCCACAUCCUGUGCAGAGCUGUUCCGCAAGCUUCACGUCGGUCCAUCUCCCUUCUUCGAGCUCCAAGAUAUGUGGGAGAGAACGGUGUUCACUGACGCUGCGAAGAAGACCGUUGCGGCCAUUGGCGCGAUUGACAGGAUGGCGUAUAUGUACGAGCGUCGCCUCCGCGUUGUUUCUGAGCAGAACACGGCCUCGAAGGAUCACCAGAGGGCCUUGGCAGCCGAGACGAAGAGGGCCGAUCAGGCGUCGAAGGGCUUGGAGAGUGCCAACUCCGAGGUGCAGCUUCUUCGCGAGGAGGUCGCCAAACUAAAGGAGGAACGGGAUAACGCUCUUUCAGAACGGGAGAGUUGUCUUGAGGAGUUGUCAAAGUCCCGAGUUGACUUUAAGCACUUGGCCGAGCAGUCACAAGCCGAGGAAGCAAGGCUUCGGAAGCGGCGCACCGAAUAUGCUCGUAUUCAAGUAACUAAGGCUCUCAAGGAGGCUGCAGACCAAUUUCAGCAACGUCUCGAUGGGAUUCAGAGGCAUUUCACUACCAAGGACGCGGCUUAUCCCAAGUUCCUCGAUUAUAAUCAGGCGGUCGGGAGCGUUGACCUGCUGAAGGCGCUGGCCGAAACUGGGGAGGUCGUCUUGAACUCGAAGGACGUGAUUGAGAGGCUUGAAGCUGAUGCGGAAGAGCUUAAGAACGAGGUCAAUGCGUUCGACAUUGCCGAGCUAGAGGAAGGCUGGAAUGACGUCGGAAAUCUCUUCACGGGAUCUCUCGUCGCUGAGGAAUUUGCGCCUUCGGUUGAAGGUGUUGGCAAUGAAGUUGCUGGUGACAUCGAGGCCGUCGACCAAGUCGUUGGUGACGGUGACGCUCGGGUCGGGGAUCCUCUUCAAGACGAGGCCGCGUAUUGA